UAAUGAAUGGGGGGUCCGGGGAGACCAGAUAUAGUGAAUGCGGGGUCCGGGGAGAGCGGAUACAGUGAAUGCAGGGUCCAGGGAGAGCAGAUAUAGUGAAUGCGGGGUCCGGGGAGAACGGAUAUAGUGAAUGCGGGGUCCGGGCAGAGAGGAUGUGGUGAGGUCCGGGGAGAGCGGAUGUACAGUGAAUGCAGGGUCCGGGGAGAGCGGAUACAGUGAAUGCCGGGUCCGGGCAGAGCGGAUGCGGUGAAUGCGGGGUCCGGGGAGAGCGGAUGUAGUGAAUGCGGGGUCCGGGCAGAG